AAUUUUUAGGAAACAUUCUACUGGGUUCCUCUUGAAGAAAUCAAUUAAUUUAAUCAAACUAUUUAAAUGUUGUGAUUCAUCGUAUCGCUAUCUUUGCGGGAACUAAACCCUUCAAUUAUUCAAAUUUUGAUAUGGAUGCAGAGCCAACUACUAGUAACAAAAAAAACGAAAAAUAUAAUACAAAUAACCAACGUUUGAUAGCCGAAAGUAGUGGCCGUUGUAUGAGCACGCAAGCAAUGCAAUCGCUUUAUGAUUUCCGACAGAAUAAUCUGCUUUGCGAUGCAAUAUUAAGAUUAGAAGAUGGUGGUGUCUUUCCAAUUCAUCGAGCUAUACUUUCGGCAUGCAGUACUUAUUUCAGGACAUUAUUUACAACUACAUUGCAUUCUCGUGAAAAAACUGAUGUCCUUCUGCCAGGUGUGACAAGUCCAAUGAUGAAUCUCCUGCUCGAAUAUGCAUAUUUACGAUCCAUUGAUGUGAAUCGUGAAAACGUAUGUGAAUUGUUGACCACGGCGGAUUAUCUAAGCAUUGUAGGUGUACUCGAUUUAUGCUGUGACUAUCUAAGAGAUAAUUUAGCACCGGAAAAUUGUAUCGGAGUGAUGAGAUUUGCCCGUCAACAUUUCUGCAAGAAGCUAGAAAAUGAUGCUUACCGUUUUAUUGUAGGACAUUUUGUUGAGGUGUCACAAAGAAGCGAAGAAAUUUUACAUUUACCUAUUGAGGAACUGAAACCAUUAGUUGGCGCCGACGAAUUAAAUGUUAAAAGCGAGCAGACAGUUUGGGAAUUAGUUCUGAGAUGGAUAAAUCACAAUCCAGAAUCUAGAAAAGAUUAUAUCGUUGAUUUAAUGAAGAAUAUCAGACUCGGUCUCUUAGACACGCAGUUUUUUCUGGAGAAUGUCAAGGAUCAUCCUUAUGUCGUGGGCAACGAUGCAUGCAGACCCAUUAUCAUCGAAACUCUGAAGUUUUUGUAUGAUUUAGAGAUGAUUACACAGAAAGAUGGAGAAGUACCAACGCCGGAAAUUGCACGACCCAGAGUCCCGCAUGAGAUUCUGUUUGCGAUUGGUGGAUGGAGUGGUGGCUCUCCAACAAAUUAUAUUGAGACGUAUGAUACGAGAGCAGAUCGAUGGAUUCCGAUCGAGGAAACAGAUCCGACUGGUCCGCGAGCUUAUCAUGGACUUGCGGUAGUUGGUUUUGAUAUCUACGUUAUUGGAGGAUUUGAUGGCGUCGAUUAUUUUAAUAGCUGCCGUUGCUUUAAUGCGGUGACCAAGGUGUGGCGAGAGGUUGCUCCCAUGAACGCUAGAAGAUGUUAUGUCAGCGUGGCAGUCUUAAACAAUCUGGUUUACGCAAUGGGAGGAUAUGAUGGAUACCAUCGGCAAAAAACAGUGGAACGCUAUAAUUACAAGACAAAUCAAUGGUCGCUUAUUGCGUCAAUGAACGUGCAGAGAUCUGACGCGAGUGCAACAACAUUAAAUGAUAAGAUAUAUAUUACGGGCGGUUUUGAUGGACAUGAUUGUAUGAAUACGGUUGAGGUAUAUGAUCCAAGCACCAACCAGUGGACAAUGAUAACAGCAAUGAGGUCACGAAGGAGCGGUGUAUCGUGCAUAUCUUAUCACGGCUGUGUUUAUGUUAUUGGAGGAUUUAACGGAAUAUCGAGGAUGUGCAGUGGAGAAAAAUAUAAACCCUCUACAAACAGCUGGAGCCAUAUUCCCGAUAUGUAUAAUCCGCGUAGCAAUUUCGCCAUUGAAGUUAUUGACGAUAUGAUUUUUGCUAUCGGUGGUUUUAAUGGUGUUACUACAACAUACCAAGUGGAAUGCUACGACGAGAAAACAAACGAGUGGUACGAAGCAACGGACAUGAAUAUAUGCAGAUCAGCACUGUCGGCCUGUGUGAUUAUGGGUCUUCCAAAUGUAUACGAUUAUAUUCAUAAGCACCGUGAGCGCCUGAUGGAAGAAAAACGUCAGAAAUUACUGGCACAUGAAAUACGUCGGAGUCAGCAUCAGCAACAGCAACAGGAGCAACAGCAGACGAGGCAAACUUCGCAACUCGGCCAAAUCAUACCGACACCACCACCUCUACCACGCUAAUAAAUGAGCAAAUAAUAAUAAUCGGCAGCUAAAACCAAAUAUCAUUAUUAUGUAAAUCAGCCAUAUGUAUAACAUCUGUUUCAUUGAGAUAGAAAUUUUGGAUUAUUGCCAAAUGAGAUAGCAAUCAAAAAAAUGAAGAUCAAUUGGUCAAUUAUUAAUAACACACAAAACUGUUUAUAUAUUUGGCAAUGAUUAUUUUUGACUACUUACAAAGAGAAUAUUUUAUUAUAUUUAUAUGAUUUUCAGACUGCCAUUUACCCCUCUUUGUUAAGUUAAAUCUUUUUUGAUACUGCAGAUAUUUCUAUUGAAUCUUUUUGCGAUUUUACACAUACGCUAUACAGUGCCAUUUCAAAUAAUUAAAUUGAUUAAGAUAAACGACGAAAUAACUUAUUCAUUUUUCGUUUUGGAGAUUAAUGGUAUCAAUUUAAUUAUUGCAAUAAUAAAGUUCAGAAUGGUAAUGCAAAUUAGAAUAAUUGUGCAUAUAAAAAGGAUACAGCAAAUGAUAAAAUAAACCAUGAAAUGCGAAAAGUAAAAAUAAAAUU